AUAAAAUCGGUAACCUUUAAACUCAAACUUUACUUCGUUUUGUUUACAAUGUCUUACGGAGAUUUACUUGAUGAAGUGUUAAUUCAUUUAACACUUGUAAUAGAUUAUAUCUCAUAUGCAUAUAAUACUCUUAUCUCGUUCAUUUUAUUUAAAUUUCUUAAUCAACCACCGUUACAUGUUCAUAUUCCAACACAGACUUAUCAUCCAGCAGUUUUAGUUACAGGAACCUCUGUUGGAAUUGGACGAAAUGUUGCAUUAAAUUUAGCCAAAAGAGGUUAUACAGUCUUUGCAACAGUUCGUAAAGAAGAGGAUGCGGAGGAUUUAAAGAACACUUUUCAAGAAACUGACAAUGUUAUGAAUGGUUCUUUAGAAAGUUUAAUAAUGGAUGUAACUAAUAAAGACGAUAUUAAAAAAUCUUACGAUAUUAUUCGUAAUAAGAUUGGUAGAGAAAUUCCUUUUGUUGGAUUAAUUAAUAAUGCUGGAUUAGUUUUAUAUAUUCCUUUAGAAAUUGCAACAGAAAAAUCUUUUGAAGAUAGUUUUAAUACGAAUUAUUUUAGUAUUAUUAAUUUAACGAAAAAAUUUUUACCUUUAUUAAGAGAAAGUAGAGGUAGAGUCAUUAACAUUGGUAGUAUGGCUUCUUGGAGUCCUGCUCCUUCUAUGGGAAUUUAUUCUUCAACUAAAGCUGCUAUUAGAUCUAUUACACAAGUAUGGAGAAUGGAAACUAGAUCUAUGGGUAUACAUUUCUCUCUCAUCGAACCUGGUAUUGUUGCAACCCGAUUGACCCAGAACCAAUUGAAUACAUAUCGUACUUUUACAUCAUUCCCAACCGAUUCAAAAUAUCAUGACAUUCCACAAAGUAAAGGUAUUACAUCAAACGUAAUUGAUGCUUAUGAAAAUUUAUUUAAAAUGAUCGCAAAAAGGAGUUCAUUGGUUGCAUCAAAAGCUAUUCCACCUGCUAUUGUAACUGAUGCUAUAGUACAUGCUUUAACCGCUCCUUAUCCUAAAAAUACUUAUUAUGUUGGUUUGGAUGCUAGACUUAUUGCUAUGGUAAGUUGGUUGUUUGGUGAUAGAAUUAUUGAAGCUAUUCAAGCAAAAGCUUUGUAUGUUCCUAAUGAUAUGAUUGCUGUUAUAUGAGAUUUUGGAAUUUAAAUAGCUAGAGAUUAUUGUUUAUUUAUUUAAUCUUAAACUAUUUUCUCCUUAACAUUUUUAAUAAAAAAUAUAUAUAUAUCUUGUUACAAGAUAUUUUAAUUAAUUUUAA